AUGACUGCGCCCAGCGAAUGGAGCGAAGGCAGCAGGGAUUUGGGUCCGCAGCAGCAGUUAGAGGAGAGCCUGCUGCUGGGACAGGAGCCGGCAGGUCGUCGCAGCGCUUUCUCCUCAGCCUGGCUGGGCAUAUGCUGCCCCGGCCGUGUCAACGCUUCCCCAAGGUACCUGCUCUCGGGAGCAGCCGAGGGGGAUGAGGAGGAGGAAGAAGAAGAGGACGAGGACGAGGACGAGGACGAGGAGGAGGAGCUUUUGGAGGCAGGCGCAGCCGAGCACCUGGGCAGCGGCAGCAGCCGGAGCCCAAGCGGCGGGUCAGGGAAGCUGUGCGGGCUGCAGCAGCACCGCCACCGCCGCCACCACCACUUCCAGACCGGCGGCGUCCCUUGCGAGGCGCCGCAGCGGCCCCGCGCGUCCUGCCCCGGGGUCGGCAGCGGGGAUCUGCUGCGCCCGGCGUCUCAGGUGAGCGGCGUGCAGAAGCAGAGGCGCCUGGCGGCCAACGCCCGCGAGCGGCGGCGAAUGCACGGGCUGAACCAUGCUUUCGACCAGCUGCGCAAUGUUAUCCCUUCGUUCAACAACGACAAGAAACUCUCCAAGUACGAGACGCUGCAGAUGGCGCAGAUCUACAUCAGUGCCCUGGCCGAGCUGCUGCACAGCCCGCCACCUGCCGACAGCGCCCCCUGCGGCAAGGGCGCUCCCCAGCCAGCCAGUCAGAGCUACGACCGCGCGUCUUGUACCCCGCCUGUAGGGGGCACUCUACAGCAGCAGCCAAGAGCCCAGUCUUUAGGACACUGCAGGACGCGUUUUCCCCCAGAGCAGCCGGCGGGGGGCGGAGGGAGUUACUCGGUGCAACUGGACCCGCUGCAUUUCCCCUCCUUCACGGAAGGCGCCCUCCUGGGACAGAAAGCCCCCUCCCCAGCUCAGCUCCUGCAGCCCUCAGGUCAGCAGCAGCACGAACGGAGGAAACCCUCCCCGCCCGCCCACCGCAGUGAUGGAGAAUUCUCGCCCCGAUCCCACUACAGUGACUCUGAUGAGGCCAGCUAG